CCAAAACGAAAAUGUUCGCAAAGAUUGUAGCACUCGUUGCCAUUGUUGCUUACGUCCAGGCAGGCAUUAUUGCAGGAGGGCAUGGAGAUUUGGGGGGUCUGGGGGGUUAUUACUCCGCAGCCCCGAUAGCCAUCGCAGCUCCUGUCAUUAAGGCCGCCCCCAUCGCUGUUGCUGCCCCGGUUUACAAAACCACACAUGAUGUCGACUACUAUGCUUAUCCCAAAUACGAAUUCAACUAUGGAGUAGCCGACGCACACACAGGAGAUCACAAAUCCCAGCACGAAGUACGUGAUGGUGACGUGGUGAAGGGCUCUUACACCGUCGCCGAACCCGAUGGUACCCUCCGUACUGUCCAUUACACCGCCGACGACCACAACGGUUUCAACGCCGUCGUAGAAAGAACUGGACACGCCGUACACCCAGUGCCAAUUGUGCACAAGGCGGUGAUUGCUGCUCCUGUCGCCCUUGGACACGGUUACCAUUGAUGAUCUCCUGGACUAAUUUAGCUGUUGCUCAUUUGUACAUACCUCAUUCCUAUUUUAUUGUAACGUUUUAGCUCCCUUGCAUCAUGAUAUAUGCCAUAUUUAUUUUUUAUUAAAUAAAAUAUAUUUUAUCUUCA